GUCUGCGAUGCUGUAAGACUUUAGACGGAACAAGUGGCUGGAAGUAGACAUAUACUUGCCUGGUGCUAACUCAACGGAGUCUAUUUUUUAAGCAGGCAAAAAGAAAACCUUCCCGAACAUGAGUAAGGACACCGAGGUCGAUAUGAAGGAUGUUGAGUUGAACGAGUUGGACCAGGAGAAACUACCGAUGACCGGCGACGGACCGGGGGCUGAGAAGAACGGAAACUUGAAGCAGAAGGUACCGGAGGAGGAUGUUAAGUUUACCGGGCUGUCGAAGGAAGAGCUCAUGAAAGUCGCUGGCACACCCGGGUGGGUGAGGACACGCUGGGUACUCCUGGUCUUGUUUUGGUUGGGCUGGGUGGGGAUGCUGGCUGGGGCCAUAGUGAUCAUCGUCCAGGCCCCCAGGUGUAAACCCAUACCUGAGAUGAACUGGUGGAAUCAGGGUCCUCUCUAUCAGAUCGCUGACCUGGACGCCUUCAACCACGACAAGGGAAUCAAAGGUGUAGUUGAGGUACUGGAUAGUCUGAACCAGUUGAAGGUGAAGGGCCUGGUUCUGGGGCCUCUUCACACUGUCCAGCAGGACCAAGCAGACACCUUAGACCUGGUCUCUAUGGACCCCGGGGUAGGAACUGACCAGGACCUGCUGGUUUUGCUGGACAAGGCCCAUAAGAAGGGUAUCUCUGUGGUGUUGAAUCUGACCCCUAACCCUGGAGCUGACCCCUGGUUCAGUCCUGACCACUUACCUAAAGUACUGGACAAACUCAGGGAUGCUGCUGAACACUGGCUGGGGAUGGGCGUGGACGGGGUGCAGGUGUCCGGCCUCGCUGCUGCCAGCGCCUCUUCUGAUUGGUCCAAGUUCCAGGAUGUCGUCCAGGGCAACAGGACGGAGGUGGACGUGAAGAAGAGAGCUCUAAUAGGAGUGGUUGAUGGUCAGGACUACUCUGCCGUCUCUCAACUUCUCAACUCUUCUGGUGUGGAUCUGAUACUGUCUGAUGUCCUUAACAAGGCAAACUCCGGAAUCGAGAGAGCGAAGUCCAUCCACGGCCUGGUGUCUACCCAGAAACAGAGCUCUUUAGCCUGGGGGCUAGGAGGCAGUUUGGGGAACCAUCUGGCUUCAGUGGUGGAGAAACCAGAACUGGUACGACUUUACCAACUCAUGCUUUUCACGCUGCCUGGAACACCUGUCUUCAACUACGGAGAUGAGUUGGGGCUCGUGGACCAGGGCUCCACCUCUCCUAAGAUGCUGUGGGACACUGAGGAAGAGGAGGUUGCUGAAGGAGCUGUGAAGAACGAGACAGCCGAGGCCCAGAAGAGUCAUCGUCUGACAUGUCGUUCGUGGUUUAAGACCCUCUCUGACCUGAGGGGUAAAGAACGUUCCCUCCUUCAUGGGGACUACUUCCACCUCCACUCCUCCUCCACGUCCCUUGCUUUCCUGCGUCUGUGGGACCAGAGCGAGCGAUACCUGACGGCCGUUAACUGGGGCUCCGCCACCUUAACCAUGGUCCUCAACCACACAGAGCUGAGCCUCCCGGAGCAGGCUAAAGUGAAGCUUAGUACUGACCCUGAGAACCUGGCUGCAGACAGCUCUGUCUCGCUGGAUAAACUGCUGCUGGGACCCGGACAGGCUGUCCUAUUGGCCUUCCCCUUCGCUUAGGAGGGGCUAGAACAGAGACCAGGACUAGAACAGAGACCAGGACUAGAACAGAGACCAGGACUAGAACAGAGACCAGGACUAGAACAGAGACCAGGACUAGAACAGAGACCAGGACUAGAACAGAGACCAGGACUAGAACAGAGACCAGGACUAGAACAGAGACCAGGACUAGAACAGAGACCAGGACUAGAACAGAGACCAGGACUAGAACAGAGACCAGGACUAGAACAGAGACCAGGACUAGAACAGAGACCAGGACUAGAACAGAGACCAGGACUAGAACAGAGACCAGGACUAGAACAGAGACCAGGACUAGAACAGAGACCAGGACUAGAACAGGCCAGAAUAAGAAACUACUAAACAUAACAAAGGGAGAAUGCAGAGAAUGUUUUAGAUCACAGAAAACAAGCAGAAGGAAUAUAUAGUAUAAACAGCAGUACUUAGCCAGUGCUUAAACAUAUUAAAUGCCAGAAUGACUAUUUCCAACUGUUAAACCAUUCCAGUUCAGAUUUGAUCAAUGUUUUUUGGGGCCGUUGUCUCAAAAACAUUUAAAAGGAACUUUUUAGUUCCGUUUUUUAAAAUGUUUGUUUUAUGACCUCUUGAGUUGAACUGUUGAAGUAGGAAAAUAUCAGUUUGAAUUUAAAAAUGUAUUUUUUUUUCUUCAAUCUGUUUAUUCCAUUCAGUGGAAUAUAAUUGUUAUUCAAAUUGCUAGUAUUGGAGAAGAUUGCUAGAUAUUGUUCUGACUAAAAUUUGAAAGGAGUAAAAUAAAAGUCCUGUGUAAUAUUGCCUGGUGACAAUCAAGCAUC